UGAUCUCUCUUGGUGCAGGCUUCUCAGGAACUAGGAAACCAGCCGUGAUGCAGCGGGCUUUGUUCAGCCGGAGCGCGCUGCUCGUCCAGCAGGCAGCUGCGGCCCUCGACAGUCCGCUGACAGCGCGGAGCGCGCCACUGCUUCAGCGCAUAGACCGCACCAUGUCCUCCGUCAGCAUCCCGCCGCCCGCCUGCAUGCUGCGGCCGCUAGAGACUCCCAUGCGAUACCUGUUCGGACCGGGACCGUCAAACGUCCCGCCACGUAUCUUAGCAGCAGGCUCCAGGCCGAUCAUAGGUCACCUGCAUUCAGAAAUGUAUGAGAUCAUGGACGACAUCAAGAAAGGGAUCCAGUAUGCCUUUCAGACAGACAACAACAUGACGAUAUCUAUGAGUGGCUCCGGUCACGCGGCUAUGGAGUGUGCAGUGUUCAAUACGGUGGAGCCCGGAGAGAGUGUGCUCGUUGCCAUUAACGGGAUCUGGGGAGAGCGCGUCGCAGAAAUUGCAGAAAGAAUAGGUGCCAAUGUACAUAGAAUGGUCAAAACACCUGGAGGAUAUUUCAGCAAUAAGGAAAUUGAGCAGGCCAUGGCAAAACACAAGCCUGUGCUGUUCUUUCUCACACACGGAGAGUCCUCUGCUGGCCUUUGUCACCCAGUAGAUGGCAUUGGAGACAUCUGCAGAAAACAUAACUGCCUCUUCCUGGUUGACACAGUUGCAUCUCUUGGUGCAGCACCAAUAUUUAUGGACAAGCAAAAUAUUGACAUCCUGUACACUGGAUCUCAGAAGGCUCUGAAUGCACCUCCUGGCACAGCACCCGUCUCUUUUAAUGAGAGAGCAUGCCACAAGAUGUUUAACAGAAAGACCAAACCAGUAUCCUACCUUUUUGAUAUGACACAUUUGUCUAACUACUGGGGCUGUGACGGCCAACCAGCUAGAAUAUACCACCACACUGGUCCAGUGUCUGGAUUCUUUGCCCUGAGAGAGAGUCUGGCAAUUCUUGCUGAGAAGGGACUGGAGGAGUCCUGGAAGAAACACAAGGAGGUGGCAGCCUACCUGUACAGAGGACUAGAGGACUUGGGUCUUAAACUCUUCAUCCCUGAUAGGGACUUGAGGCUCCCCUCUGUCACCACCAUUGCCAUCCCUGAUGGCUAUGAAUGGAGGGAGCUACUGGCCUACAUAAUGAAGCACCACCAAAUGGAGAUGACAGGAGGCCUAGGCCCUUCCAUCGGCAUGGUGAUGAGGAUCGGAUUGAUGGGAUACAACUGUGAGAAGACUAAUGCUGACUUGGCACUGCAUGCCCUGGCAGACGCACUCAAGAACUGCAAAAAGAGCAAGGCUUAGGACCAUCAAUCACAAACCACAAACCAUUGCCCCUUGUACUAAUUCAUAGGGGAAUGAAGAAAACAUUAAUUCAAUUCUGCCAUUUUGACUGUCGAGGUUUUAUAAAAUGGGGUUCUCUUAUCUUGUUUAAGCAGAGAAGAAAUGAGCAAAUAUUGUAAUAUCACGCUUAGUGCAAUGAAAGAUGUCAAUAAAGUGUGCUUUAUUUAAUCCAA